UUUACGUCUAGCUCGCUGCGCAGUGGGGCAGAGUGUGAACUCCACUUGUCACACAGUCCGAUAUAGAGACAAACAGGCAUUCAAAUGAGCCACUGCAAGACAGUUUAUCGGACGACUACUGUAAGAGCUGCUAUGCUGAGAAGAGGCAGGAACGGCCGGGCUCGGCAUGUGGCCUGGAGCGAGACACAGCAAGAGACAGAAGCCAUGGCAGUGAUCCAGACGUCGGAUAGGCAGGAAUGGGGAGGGCAGACAACGACGCAGAUCGGCGACGUGGAGUCCGAGGUGGAUUACCUGGAGAGUCCUCAGGCCGUAUCUGAGGUGGUGGCCUUGCCCAGCACAGUGCCGGUGAUAGGGGAGUCUUUCUGCCAGUGUGACCGACAGGAAGAGCUCAGCCCUGGCUACGGGGUCACCAGUGACUGCCUCUGUGGGGAGGAGGACGAGGGUUUUGACUGGGAGUGGGACGAGCACUCCAGGUCCUCUGGAGCCUUCCUCAGCUGUGACAACAGAAAGGUGUGCUUUCACUCAGACUAUAGCUGUGGCACAGCGGCCAUCCGCGGCACCAAGGAGCUGGCAGACGGCCAGCACUUCUGGGAAGUCAAGAUGACCUCUCCUGUCUAUGGAACCGAUAUGAUGGUGGGGAUUGGAACUGCAGAGGUGAAUAUGGAGAAGUUCAAAUUCAGCUUUGGCAGCCUGCUGGGCCACGAUGAAGACAGUUGGGGACUCUCCUACACAGGACUCCUCCAGCACAAAGGGGACAAAGUGAAGUUCUCCUCUCGGUUUGGCCAGGGCUCCAUCAUAGGAGUGCACCUGGACACCUGGCACGGUACCCUGACCUUCUACAAGAAUCGGCACUCUAUAGGUGUUGCUGCCACAAGGCUGCAGAACAAGAAGUUCUACCCCAUGGUGUGCUCCACAGCAGCUAAGAGCAGUAUGAAGGUGAUCCGUGCCUGCUAUACACCCACCUCCCUGCAGUACCUUUGCUGUGCGCGGCUCCGCCAGAUGUUGCCCCGCUGCCCUGACGUACUCAGUGCUAUAGAGCUGCCCCCGGGCCUGCGCACCGUCCUCCACGUAAAGCUAGGCUGGGUCUUCACCCUCAGCAGCAGCCCAGAAGCCUCGGAGCAGCACGAGGACUUGCUCGAGGAUUUCGAGGAGGAGAUGAGCCUGCCUUCCAGCCCCUGCGCCUCCCCGAGCCCAGCCUCCACCCUGAGGGCCUGCGCCUCCCCGAGCCCCUGCACCAGCCCCUUUCUCGACACAGUCCCAUACAACUGCCCCUGUCAAAUGUCACCUCAAACUCAUCCCUGCACUUGCCGCUGCCCUCCUACUCCCCCCAGCAGCGACUACGACAGCUGCAGCUCUGAGCCGGAGGACUACCAAUGCAAAAGAUGCCGCUGGACAUGACGUAGCAGUCACUACGUAUUUAGAAGACAGCUAUUCUACCAUUGCCAUCAACACAUCUCCUGUUGAGAAUCAUGGAGAUAAGAGCAAUCUAUUUUUUUUUAAGCCAACACUUCUUAAUCCACAGUUUGGGUGGUUUCUUACUUCUCUUUUUUAUACAAGUUUGUGAUAUUCAAACAAUGGUGAUGAUUGAGGGGGAGGUAGUGAGUGACAUCUGGGUCAUAUAUUCAAAUUCUAUCAUAGGGUUAUUAAUAAAAAUAAGAAUCUACAAGUCACUGUCUUUGGAAGGCAUAACGUUUGCAAGAUUAGGCUCUGACAAAAAAAAAAAAGAAACACUGCAAAUCUAUUUUUCUUUUUCUCAGGAAUAGACUCCAGGGGAAAAGGAGUUGCUUUUUUUGAUACUAUGGAAAUUGCAUUUUGUAAAUGUGUUUUGUAAUCAACAUUUGGCUUUCAACAAUGGUUGUGUUCUUGCUUUACAAGAGGAUUUGUUUUUUUAUUUAGAGUUUGUUUAUUACCUUUCUUAAUGAGGAAAUUCUCUAAAAUAAAACACAAA